GACCGCGCCGGCCCCGCUCCGCGCUCGCAGCCUCCCGCCGCCGGCAGCCUCCCCUCAGCGCCCGACGCCACCGCCGCUCGACAUGGGCUCCGCGGGCACCCGCCCCGCUCUGGCGGCCGCCCUCCUGUGCCUGGCCCGCCUGGCUCUCGGCUCGCCCUGCCCCGCCGUCUGCCAGUGCCCGGCCGCCGUGCCGCAGUGCGCCCCCGGCGUGGGGCUGGUGCCGGACGGCUGCGGCUGCUGCAAGGUCUGCGCCAAGCAGCUCAACGAGGACUGCAGCCGGACGCAGCCCUGCGACCACACCAAGGGGCUGGAGUGCAACUUCGGCGCCAGCCCCGUCGCGACCAAGGGCAUCUGCAGAGCACAGUCCGAGGGGAGACCGUGUGAAUAUAACUCCAAAAUCUACCAGAACGGCGAGAGCUUCCAGCCGAACUGUAAACACCAGUGUACGUGCAUAGAUGGAGCUGUGGGCUGCAUCCCGCUCUGCCCGCAAGAGCUCUCCCUUCCUAACCUGGGCUGCCCCAGCCCCAGGCUGGUCAAAGUCCCUGGGCAGUGCUGUGAAGAGUGGGUCUGCGAUGAGAGCAAGGAUGCGCUGGAUGAGCUGGAGGGUUUCUUCAGCAAAGAGUUUGGUCUGGAUGCUUCUGAAGGCGAACUGACCAGGAACAACGAGCUAAUUGCCAUCGUGAAGGGAGGCCUGAAGAUGCUACCUGGUGAGUAUGGGCUAGCCUGUGUAAUGGUGACAGUUAAGGUGGGGAGGAAAGCUAUGUGGCUCUUUGGACCCCAGUGGGAAGAUGCACUUAAGUCUGAGCCCUCCUUUUCUUUUCCAGUGUUUGGAUCCGAGCCACAAAGCCGAGCUUUUGAGAAUCCCAAAUGCAUUGUGCAAACAACUUCCUGGUCUCAGUGCUCCAAGACAUGCGGAACCGGCAUCUCCACGAGGGUUACCAAUGAUAAUCCUGACUGCAAGCUCAUCAAAGAGACCAGGAUAUGCGAAGUGAGGCCAUGUGGCCAGCCAAGCUAUGCCUCCCUAAAGAAGGGGAAAAAAUGUACCAAGACUAAGAAGUCCCCAUCCCCAGUGAAGUUCACUUACGCUGGAUGUUCCAGCGUGAAGAAGUACCGCCCCAAGUACUGCGGCUCCUGCGUGGAUGGCAGGUGCUGUACGCCCCAGCAGACCAGGACUGUCAAGAUCAGGUUCCGCUGCGAUGAUGGAGAAACCUUCACCAAGAGCGUCAUGAUGAUCCAGUCCUGCCGAUGCAACUACAACUGUCCGCAUGCGAACGAAGCUUACCCCUACUACAGACUGGUCAAUGACAUUCACAAAUUUCGGGACUAAGCUGUGGUGGGGGUGGGAUGCUAAACAGAGGUCUGAAGUAACCAGCCAUGGAGAAAGGACCUUUGAUGGAAGUGGUGCCUUGCCCAUUGGAGGGCAACAUUGAGAUGUUACAAGAGUGCACUGUGCAACUGGACACUAAUGGACAGAGAUUUAAGCAUACUUAAAGCUUCAUAGUACUGGAGCAACUUCACUGCUUCUUUUUGGAGCACCUUAUCGUAUAUACUGUUUUCUGUUUGUAAGUGAUCUGAGAAAUGUUUUGUUCCGGUUAUGAAAACCUUCCUAUCCUGUUCGAUUUAACACUAUGCUUUUUCCCCCCUCCCUCUCUCUUCUCCCCCCCUUUCCCAACCAAGUUGGAAGUCACAUUCCUUCCUGAGGUGGGCACUUGUGAGGUGUUCACAGUGGCAGCUAUUAUGUACCAACUGUAGUUUAAUGGCAAACAGAAAUCAGUUGUUUUAAAGCUGAGUAUUUUAUUUAUCGAACUGUAGCUUUUUUUCUUUUUUUAACCCCUUCCAGACCCUGUAAUACUGGAAUAAGUUGUAAAUGAUUUUAAUUUUAUAUUCAAUGAAUUAAAAGAAUUUAUUUAUGGAAUUAAUCAUUUAAUAAAGAAAUAUUUACCUAA